AUGAGCCAGCGACCUGGGAGCCACAAGCCACCCAAACUAGACGAUGACUAUGACCACAGAGCUAGAGACCUCGGCCGCACAGGCUUUCCGCCCCAUACAAUGACUUCAACCGCUGAAUCAGAGGCAUCGCCUCAGCAUGUACCCUUAGAUCUCCUUACCGUCGGUCAGUCAGGCUCCAGCACAGGCCAAACUUGGAAGUCAUAUCAAUGCCCGGCCGUCAAACUAGCGUGA